AAAAAGAAAGAAAUUCUUCUGCCCCUUCUCUUCUUCCACUAUCGUUUUCUUCCACAGAGUUUUCCCCCUCCUCGCAACUCGAUUAGGGUUUCUCUCUCUCGUUUUCCGGCUUCCUUCUCCGUAAUUUGUCUCCGGUAACUUUCCAUUGCUCUUUCUCCGUCAAUCAUUUCCAAUUUGACCGCUUUAAUCGUCGGUUUCUGUACAGAGAUUCGUUUGCCGUGUGCUAAUCCUUGCUCGGAGAGUUUUCUGAGUUGAUUUCCUUGUGAUCGGAGCUCGAUUGAGUUCGAGUUUUCUUGUUAGGAUGUACUAUUCGGGUGGUUUGCUUGAACAUCCUCGGAUUUCAGGUUCCGAUUAAGUUUAGUGACUGUGGUUAGAGCUCUGAGAAGCGCGAGAACUGAUUUAGUUAACUUGAGCAAAACAAUAUACUUUGCUCUAAGCCUUACAGUUCGAAUGGCUUUUUGCAGUUAUUUCAAAUGAGAAUUACCUCUUUCUUGGGCCAUUUGGUUUAUCUUUUAGGGCUACAGGAACUUUCAUUGUCGACAAGUUGGAGAAGAUUUUGGUUACUUUAGAGUGCUCAAAACCCAGUUACUGGGAUUUCGCUGAAAUCUAGAAUUCUUGGAUGAGCUGGAGAGUAACUGGCAGGAUCAUAUUUUUGCAGAUUAGAAAGAGUUGGAAGAUAACGGAUUUGCUAAGUUGUAGGUUGUUGGUAAUGGUUUUGAUUUUUGGAAGUAUUUCUUUUCAUGAUUGGGAUCAAGUUAUGAGUUGCACUUUUACAUGAUUAGCUUGAUGAAAGCAUCGAUACCUGUCCAUACUGCCUUGUUAUCUAAGCUUACAGUUUCGUCAUUGCAGGUAAUAUACUUCCAUGACUUCUUUAGUUAGUACACUAUAUUACUGACAGAUAUGUGUUGUCGAGCUGUUCCUCAUUAAAUGCUCCUGUUGCAUGCAAUGCAUCGGGCAUUGGUGGUUGCAGCCCUGUGUUUAAAUGAUGUGUAAUUAGCUACUCCUGCUUCAUUUCUAAUCGUGUGUAGUCCUCGAAUUGCUAAUUUUUCUUUUCAUUGUGGUUUGUAUACAUGUAUUGGUAUAGUUAGUUAUGCUAUUGUAGCAUAGAAUACAUGCUGACAACUCCGUUGUCUUUCUGGCUUUGUGUGCAGAAAAACGCCAUGGAAUUCAUGUACGAUCUUCUUAAAUGAUAAUUUUUGUAUAAUUGAUCAAUCCAUUUAUUGAGAGGAAAAGCCUUUGGAGAUCUCGCAAUGGAUGAUGGGGGACAUCGUGAGAAUGGUCGGCAUAAAGCAGAUCAGUAUAAAACGGCUCAGAGCCAGUGGUUGAUGCAGCAUCAGCCAUCAAUGAAACAAGUGAUGGCGAUAAUAGCAGAACGAGAUGCAGCAAUCCAAGAGAGAAAUCUGGCGAUAUCAGAGAAAAAGGCGGCCAUAGCUGAACGAGACAUGGCGUUCCUUCAGCGAGACACAGCUAUAGCUGAGCGUAACAACGCGAUAAUGGAGAGAGACAAUGCACUUGCGGCCCUUCAAUACCGUGAGAACUCCAUGGCAACUGCUGCUGGUAUGUCCUCAUCAUGUCCACCGGGAUGUCAAAUUUCCCGUGGUGUGAAGCAUGUGCAUCACCCGCAGCAACAUCACAUGCACCAUCAUCACAUGACCCAGAUGGGCGAAACCACUUAUGGAACAAGAGAAUUAGAGCCAAAUGACACUAUCCCGACAUCACCUGCUGGAGCUGCUGAAUCUGCCAAACCGAAACGAGGUAAAAGACCGAAAGAGCCAAAGGCAACACCCUCUAACAAGAAAGGAUCGAAGAAUCAGAGGAAGAUCAAGAAAGAGAGCGAGGAUUUGAACAAGAUAAUGUUCGUGAAAACCCACGACUACGCAAAUGAGGAUGAAGUAGGAGGAUCGAAAUCUGAUUGGAAAGGCCAAGAAAUGGGGCUGAACCAAGUUGUUUACGACGAGACAACUAUGCCACCGCCCGUGUGCUCGUGUACCGGAGUUCUCCGACAAUGCUACAAAUGGGGGAAUGGAGGGUGGCAAUCUUCUUGUUGCACCACAACAUUGUCAAUGUAUCCUCUACCAGCUCUGCCCAACAAGCGGCAUGCCCGAGUCGGAGGCAGGAAAAUGAGCGGGAGCGCCUUCAACAAGCUGCUGAGCCGACUUGCUGCUGAAGGGCAUGAUCUAUCGAAUCCUGUCGAUCUCAAGGACCAUUGGGCCAAGCACGGGACGAACCGCUACAUCACGAUCAGGUAAAGCAGCUUAGACGUUAUUGAGUUGUUUGAAACUUAUUCAAGUAAUAAGUACAAUGGGGUCAAUGGAAUAAAUUCAUAUGUUUGACCUUUAAAAAUGCAAAAUUGUAAGUCAGGCGCUUGUUGUAUAAUUUGGAAAACUUGAGCACGUGCUUGAAUUGGUAAACCAAACUUUGGAAAGUAAAGCUAGAUCCAUUUCCUCGUA